AUGGCGUCCUCUCCCCGACUCCGAGUUCCGCCCAAGGAGCCAGAGGCGCGAAAAGGGCGGGGAAUGGAGGACAACGCACCCGGGUCCAGGUCCGGUGAGGCAGGACGUCCGGCUCUUCUCUCAUUCGAUGAGAUGCCGGAAUGGUUUCAACACGACAACAAUGAGUGGAUUCUUCAUGGUUACCGGCCUAUAUCGGGCUCGGUUCGCGCCUCCUUCCGCAGUUGGUGUUACCUCCACAACGAGACGGUUAACAUCUAUUCCCAUCUCAUUCCGGCCGCUGUCUUCCUCCUCGGCGAGUGGUUCAUCUUGCAGUACCUUGCUAGCAAAUAUUCCAGAGUUACCAGCACUGAUUUUGUUGCUUUUUCAUUCUUUAUGCUUACGGCGACCAUUUGCUAUGCAUUAUCGGCUCUUUAUCAUACUUUGAUGAACCACUCUUGCACCGUGGACCAUUUCUGCCAUAGAUUAGAUAUGCUUGGUAUAGGGGUCUUCAUAGUCGGUGACAUUAUCUUGGGAGUAUACAUAAUCUUUCGGUGUGAGACUACGCUCCGCAAUAUUUAUUGGUCUAUGAUUGGGGUUUUCGGGGCAUUUACCAUCUUUACGAACGUCCAUCCGAAGCUCCAGAGCCACAAGUAUCGCUCAAUGCGAACACUAGCGUUCGUGGCGACUGGCAUGUCCGUCGUGGCGCCCUUGAUUCAUGGGCUCGACAUGUUCGGGCUAGACUUGAUGAACAAAAAGGCCUUCACCUAUACUAUGGUGGCAAAAGUAGGCUGCCUUCUAUCUGGUACCGCGCUUUAUGCAAUGAGGUUUCCCGAAAGUUGGUGGCCUGGCAAAUUCGACAUGUGCAGCUCCCAUUCAUUUAUGCACUUCCUGGUGGUCUGCGCCGCUGUCAUUCAGAUGAUAGGAGCCUCUAACCACCGGAACGAGAGGCGGCCGUCUAAGCUUGGUAGUGCUGGUGGAGAAUCUGGCAGCAGGCCACUUUUAGGAGCAGGAAUGUUGACAUUCACAACGAAGGGGAUAAUGUUCACCCUAGGGGCCAAGAUUCGCAGCAAUGUAUAUGCCUUGCCGGCUGCUGGUGCCCUCCUAGCCUCCCCUCCUGUUGCCUCGAAUAACCUGCCCUAA